UUAGAAAAAAAAGCAGAAUUAUAUUUAGGUUACCCAACCCAAAGACCCGACCCUAAUUCCGGUUGCUCCCGCCUCCCAGUUCCACGAUYACAAAGGUUUCUCGAAGACACAGACGCGGCGGGAACGCACCCACYGUUCCAACUUCACGGUUGCAGUCGUACUUCGAAUUCCGGCGGCGUUCCAAUGGAGGACAAGUUCGCUACAGCAGAGAAGAAGGUGCUCGUCGAGAUGGUGCGGUUGGCCCAAAAGCGAGGAAUGAGAGGUGGCGAAGGAGACUGGAAGGAGUUUCUUAAUAGUCAUGAUCCUAAGUUCGGGGCUAACAUGAGUGACCCGUCUAAGAGGUCCAAUGAUAUGUUGAUUGCUUUUCUCAAGACAUUUAGUAAAGAGGAUGAUUUGAUGUUUUUGGACAAAGUACUCCAGUGUAACGAGAAGCGUAAUUUUGUGAAGCAAGUAUCGCAGAGCACUUCAGACAAAGAAUCACCUGAGCAGAGGCUGGUUCGGCUUACACUUGAACACCCACAGUACCCAUUGGAAUAUUCAUUUCCGUCGUAUGAUAAGGGAUGGAUUGUUACCAAAUUCAGCCAAAAGUCUAAAGCACUAAAAUCAAAUUCGAUGUAUGCCAUUGAUUGUGAGAUGGUUCUCUGUGAAGAUGGAACAGAAAACUUGGUGAGGGUUUGCAUGGUGGAUCGUGACUUACAAGUGAAAAUUGAUGAACUUGUAAAACCUAGGAAAUCAAUUAAGGACUACAGAACUGAGAUAACUGGAAUUUCUCCUGGGGAUUUGGAUGGAGUUACUUGUUCUCUGGAUGAUAUACAGAAAUCCAUGAAGAAAUUGUUGUCACCUGGAACUAUUUUGGUAGGCCACAGUCUGAACAAUGAUCUCCAUGCACUUAAGUUAGAUCAUGCAAGGGUGAUUGACACCUCAUUUAUCUUCAAGUAUUCCAAUGGAUCUAUCUAUAGAAGGCCUUCUUUGAAUAAGCUGUGUAAGUCUGUCUUGGGUUAUGAACUCCGGAAGGAGGGUGCUCCACAUAAUUGUCUACAUGAUGCUCAGGCUGCCAUGAAACUUGUUCUCUCAAAGCUUGAGAGCAAAGUUGAUGAUGUGAUUGUCGUAGCUGACGAGGAUACACCACAAAUUGGUAUGGAGAAGUUACUCCUUCAUAGAGUACCAAUUCAUGUACCAAGUGAAGACUUAGCUGGUGUUAUCCGUGGGGACUUCACAAUUGAACUCAAGCCAUCUAAGAAAGGUCAAGGGGAUAUAUAUUCUGCAUUUGCCAUUUUUAAGAACCCCGAGGAGGCACAGCAGGCAUUUGAACAGGUCGAAGGCAGCCCAGAUAAGGAUUCAUCUGGACGGCCACAAAAGCUCAUUAAAUUUCAACUCAGUUCAGGGUCCACUGUUAGUAUCUACGUUCGUAAAAUGGGACAAAAUGAUUUUGCUGAGAAAUUCUCGUCUAAAAAGAGAGAUUUGGAGGUGAUUGAAAACCUAGUCAUGUCCAAAAAACAGAAGACUGACCAGAAUAUUGCAGUGGAGACGAUUGCAAACUCAAGUAGAUGUUGCGACCAUGUAGAAGAGAUUGAAAGAUUGAAGCAAGAAUUGAAACAAAAGGAGGACUCAAGUCAUUGCUGUGAUCACUUGAAAGAGGUUGAAAGCCUGAAGGAAGAAUUGAGAAGGAAGGAUUAUGAACUUAGUAUCCUGCAUAAGGCUAUCACUAUUGUGAAGAAGGAUAACAAAAAGAGAAAGGGAAAGAAGAAGUAAAUUUUGCCCUGCAUCGACUUCAGUUGACAUCUCUAGCCUUGAUUAUGCUCGUAUUCCUCUUUUGGUUUAUAAUCUAAGGAACGGGUGCCCCAUUUUAUUAAAUACCAGUGAUAUCUGAACGGGUUUACAGUGAAGUUAUCAGAUCAGCUCAGCACAGACCAGUUCCAUCAUUUUAUUACACUUGAGAGAUUCAUUGGGAUGAUUGACCACCUGGCUGCCAAACCAAUUACCUGCCAUGGAGCGAACAGUCUGACAUGAUUUACUCAAGGAUUGAUUGAGCCAAGCUCGUGUGGCAAAGAGGAAAAGAGCUUCGAAUUCCCGGUGCAAUUGCCGAAGAUCGGUUUCAUGGUCUGUAGGUCCCCCCUUGCGAGGUUAUUUUUAUUUUGUUAUAUUUUUUCUUUUGAGAGUCAAGUUCAUGUAUUCUUCAACUUUUCUUUUUAUAAGCUAACUUUUUCAGAUGUCACAGGUUGCUUAUUUUCUACUAGAUAUAUUCUUUUUUAUUGACACAAUUUGUCUCAGUUAUGGAAGUAUUCAAUUCAA